CAAUCAUACCACGCCCCACCCCACAACACAUCCCGCCAAUCACACCACGCCCCACCCCACAACACAUCCCGCCAAUCACACCACACCCCACACGACCCCGCACCUCACCACGGUGGCCCCGACUGUGUCCCCAGAUGUGAAGGUAGGAGACUACCGGGUGAUGAAGGAGAAGGAAGUCUGCCUGCGGAUCCAGUCAGGCCUCCAGAUACGAGUCGAGUACACAAACAGCUCCAAAACAAAGCUCUGGGGCACCUUUGCUGUCCAGCCAAACCAGACCAAAGUGUCAGGAAAAUGCACCAAUGACACCGCCACCAUGCAGCUCAGCUUUGCCCAGGGCUUCCUAAUCUUCACCUUCAAAAAGAAUGAAACCCAAAAAACUUGCUACCUGAAUGAGGUCCGAACCAACCUGAGCCUCCAGUUCCCUGGGGCUAUGGAGAGGUACUUUGCAGCACAGAACAGCACCUUGCGGGAGUUUGAGGCUGGGCUGGGCCACUCGUACCAAUGCAAGAACCGCAGCCUGGCGCUGAGCCCUGCCUUCCACCUCGACGCCCUGCAGGAGCAAGUCCAGGCCUUCGCACUGCACAGCGGCAACUUCGGGGAAGCUGAGCUGUGCCCAGAUCAGCACAGCCUAGUGGUUCCCAUCGUCAUCGGGGUGGUUCUGCUGGUCCUCAUCCUCAUCGUGGUCAUUGCCUACCUGCUGGGCCGGCGCAGAGCGCGGGGCGGCUACCAGACCAUCUGAGGGGCCGAGACACUGAGGGAGGAUGUGGGAGGAGGGAGUCUGGGGCCUGUCCCCUCUAGGGGGCACCAGGUCCUACUUGGCCCCAGGGCAGGGACUGCCUGGCUCAGGGGGACAAGGAAUGGGGUGGGGAGCAAGAUCCCAGAUCUAUGUAUUUUAUUUUAUAGAUUAAAUAAAUGAGGGGGUUUGCUAGUAAA